CAAUAUAAUUAAAUGUUUCUAAAGUUAGGUGAAAUCCUAAUCAAGCCAAUUAUAAAAAAAGUUUGUACAAUUGAUAAUCCUCUCAACUGUCACUUUUUAAAAAAAAAAAAAAAAAAAAGAAUUGCACAUUUUUUGUGUAUAUAUAUUCGUCGUCCGCAUUUUCAGUGGGGAUAACAUUCUCUUUGGUAUUGAUAAUGGAUGGUCGUGGGCUUUUCCUGGUAUUUGUUCUUGCCCUAUUUGUUUUUCCCACUGAUGCUAGGAAGCUAAGCACAAAGGGGGAAAUUGGCCAGAAGAAGACCUCCUUCUUUUUCUUUCCUGGUUAUGGAGGUGCAGGUAGUACCUUCAAUGGGGGUGGUGGUGGAGGAGGGGGGUUUGGUGGUGGGGGAGGUGGAGAUGAUGGGGGGUCUGGCUUUGGGGGUGGAUUUGGAGCUGGGUAUGGGUAUGGAGUUGGAGGCCACGGAGGAGCUGGUGGUGGCGGUGGCGGUGGCGGUGGAGGAGGCGGAGGUGGCGGCGGCAAAAAGUCAUUUGGUGGACUAGGUGGGGGUUCUGGAUUUGGAGGUGGCUUUGGAUCUGGUAUUGGCAGUGGAGGGCUCGGUGGUGGCGGAGGUGGGGGUGGAGGAGGCGGAGGUGGGGGUGGCGGCGGCGGCAAAAAUCUAUUUGGUGGAUUGGGUGGGGGUUCUGGCUUUGGAGGUGGCUUUGGGUCUGGUAGUGGUAGUGGUCACAGAGGUGGCGGGGGUGGAGGUGGAGGUGGAGGUGGAGGUGGGGGCGGAGGUGGAGGAAAGGGAAAGGGAAAGGGUGCAGGGGGUGGAUAUGGUGGAGGGUUUGGAGGUGGGAAGCCUUGAGCUCUAAAGUGAUCAAUGGCAAUAACAUGGUUGCAGUAUAUAGUAUGAUUUAUCUUUGAAAUUUAAAAGUUAAAAUAAUUUGAAUAACAAGUCAUGAAAUUUAAAUGUUAUUAAUUGUUUUUUAAA